UUCUUCACCCACGCACCGAUUCACGAGCCGUGCAUCCGAGCUAAAGAUCGUUCCUUUUUGGGUGGGUGAGCCGUCGUCGCGGGUGCGCUUCGAUCGAUGGCUUCGAGGAGAGAGGUGGAUCGGAUCAAGGGACCGUGGAGCCCCGAGGAGGACGAGGCCCUCCGCAUCCUCGUCCAGCGGCACGGCCCCCGCAACUGGUCCCUCAUCAGCCGCUCCGUCCCCGGCCGCUCCGGCAAGUCCUGCCGCCUCCGCUGGUGCAACCAGCUCUCCCCCGGGGUCGAGCACCGCCCAUUCUCCCCCGACGAGGACGCCAUCAUCGCCCGUGCCCACGCCCGCUUCGGCAACAAGUGGGCCACCAUCGCCCGCCUCCUCUCCGGCCGCACCGACAAUGCCAUCAAGAACCACUGGAACUCCACCCUCAAGCGCAAGUGCUCCGCCGCCCCCCCGCCCCCCCUCCUCCCCCACGAGGACGGCGACGGCGCCGACCUGAGCCCGCGGGAGCGGCCGGCGAAGCGGUCGGCCUCCGCCGGGCCUUGCCCGAGCCCCGGGAGUCCGUCGGGGUCCGGCAUGAGCGACUCCAGUAUCCACUUCGUGUACAGGCCCGUCGCGAGGACCGGCCCGGUGGUGCCGCCGCCGGUCGAGGCGGCCCCGUCCUCCGAAGAUCCGCCGACGUCGCUGAGCCUGUCGCCCCCGGGGGUCACCGAGCCGUGCGAGGUCUCCACCCGGGUCGCCCCCGAGCUGACUCAGCCGACCCACCCGAUCUCCCUACUGCCCGCGGCGCCGGAUCCCGCCCCGACGCCGGCUCCGCCGCAGGCGGUGGCGCUGCCGGAGAACCCCAGCGGGUACGGCGGCGGCGGCAUCAACAUCUUCCCUUACCCGCCUCCCGCCCCAAGGGUCGGAACCGACUUCUCGCCGUUCAGGGCGGAGUUCAUGGCGGUGAUGCAGGAUAUGAUAAGGGCGGAGGUAAGGAACUACAUGGCGGGGAUGUGCUCGCAGGCCGCGGCGGCCGACAUAAGGAACGCCGUCGUGAAGCGAAUCGGGAUCGGCAAGAUCGAGUGAAGACGGACAAGGAAGAAGAAGGAAGGGAUAAAAAAAUCAAAUGGGAAAAGGAUGCUAUGAAGAGAUGGGAAAAAACUGGGACUCCGUUUUUUCCUCCUUUUUUUUUUUUCUUUAUUUUUAAUUUUAAGUAGAGUUAAAAAAACAAAUAAUUUUGGCCGCGAUGUACAGUGGGGAAAGAACCAGAGAGAGAGAGA